AAGCUAGAGCUGAUGACAUCCCCUCCUUCCCUCCCUUUAUAUAUCUCCCCUCCUCCUCCUCCAUUCUUCUUCCACCAACACAAUCUCCUCUCAUCAUCAUCAACAGAUACAACAAGAAGAAGAAGCAAGCUAAGUUCACAGCUUCGAAACCAGCAAAAAUGAAGGCAUCAUUUCUCCAGCAGGGACAGGUUGUGGGGCUUCCAAUCAGUUCAUCAUCAGCAUCAACUGCUGCAAGAAUGGCCCCUAGGCCCUUACUCCUCGAAGAUACCGCCGCUUACCGCUACAUGCCUACUCCAGCUCACCAAUCUCUCAUCCUCAAACAAAACAGAGUAGAUUCCAUGCUUAAAAGGAUGAACAAGUUGGGGAAGAAGGCUGACAAAUUCGCACAUGGAAUCCGCGAACAUGGUGAAACUUGGGAACAAGAUCAGUGAGACCUUGAAAGGCAAGUUAACCUUGGGGGCGCGGAUUCUGCAAGUGGGAGGUGUGAAGAAAGUGUUCAGGCAGUUCUUCAGUGUGAGUGAAGGGGAGAGGCUGCUCAAGGCAUGCCAGUGCUAUUUGUCGACGACGUCGGGUCCAAUUGCUGGACUCCUCUUCAUUUCGACUCACAAGCUCGCAUUCUGCAGUGAGAGAUCGAUUCAACUGUCAUCGCCCGAGGGAAAAUCGAUCCGAGUUCACUACAAGGUGGUGAUCCCACUAGAGAAGAUAGAGAGUGCUAACCAGAGCGAGAACGCGAAGAAGCCGUCGCAGAAGUAUAUGGAAUUGGUGACGGUGGACGGGUUCGAUUUCUGGUUCAUGGGUUUCUUGAGUUACAAGAAAGCUUUCAAGUACGUUGAGCAGGCUGUGUCCAUCUGCAGGAUGGCUACUACUACUACUUCAAUAUGAUUUUGCCACUCGUUGAAGCUUAGUAGCUAGAUACUUUGUGUCAUGUUGAUAUGUAAUGGAGAAUUGAAGAGGGCAUAGUUAGUGAGGGGAUUAGAGCCCACAGAUGUAAAGAGUUUAAGAUGUAAAUGAGAUUAACAUCCCUUAAUCCGGGAUAAUGAUUGAAAUCAAGUUAACACGGUUCGAUUCGACGGU